GCCACGCAGGGCCACGUCUGCGGGCGCCUGGGGCUGGAGUCUGGCGUGGCGGCUGGGAGCGUGUCGGCGCGGCGGAGGGGAAGGGGAGUCUCUCCUGGCACGGACAUGGAUUUAGGUGCUGUUACAAAGCACUCAGCAUCACAUGCCAAGCCCAAUGGACUCAUUCUUCAAUAUGGGACUGCUGGAUUUCGAACGAAGGCAGAACAUCUUGAUCACGUCAUGUUUCGCAUGGGAUUAUUAGCUGUCCUGAGGUCAAAACAAACAAAAUCCACGAUAGGAGUCAUGGUAACAGCAUCCCACAAUCCUGAGGAAGACAAUGGUGUCAAACUGGUUGACCCUUUGGGUGAAAUGUUGGCACCAUCCUGGGAGGAACAUGCUACAUGUUUGGCAAAUGCUGAGGAACAGGACCUACAGAGAGUGCUUAUUGACAUCAGCAAGAAAGAAGCUGUGAAUCUGCAACAAGAUGCCUUCAUAGUUAUUGGUAGAGAUACCAGGCCCAGCAGUGAGAAACUUUCACAAUCUGUAAUAGAUGGCGUGACUGCUUUAGGAGGUCAAUUCCAUGAUUAUGGCUUGCUAACAACACCCCAGCUGCACUACAUGGUGUACUGUCGAAACACCAGUGGCCGAUAUGGAAAGGCAACCACAGAAGGUUACUACCAGAAACUCUCUAAGGCUUUUUUGGAACUUACCAAACAGGCUUCCUGCAGUGGAGAUGAAUCUAGAUCGCUUAAGGUUGACUGUGCAAAUGGCAUAGGGGCCCUGAAGCUAAGAGAAAUGGAACACUACUUCUCACAGGGCCUGUCAGUCCAGCUGUUUAAUGAUGGGACCAAAGGGAAACUCAAUCAUUUAUGUGGAGCUGACUUCGUGAAGAGUCAUCAGAAACCUCCGCAGGGCAUGGAAAUGAAGUCCAAUGAAAGAUGCUGUUCCUUUGAUGGAGAUGCAGACAGAAUUGUUUAUUACUACCAUGAUGCAGAUGGUCACUUUCAUCUCGUAGAUGGCGACAAGAUAGCAACGUUAAUUAGCAGUUUCCUUAAAGAGCUCCUGUUGGAGAUUGGAGAAAGUUUGAAUAUUGGUGUUGUACAAACUGCAUAUGCAAAUGGAAGUUCAACACGUUACCUUGAAGAAGUUAUGAAGGUACCUGUGUAUUGCACCAAAACUGGUGUAAAACAUUUGCACCACAAGGCUCAAGAGUUUGACAUUGGAGUUUACUUUGAAGCAAAUGGGCAUGGCACCGCACUGUUUAGUACAGCGGUUGAAAUGAAGAUAAAACAACUAGCAGAAGAAUUAGAAGAUAAGAAAAGAAAAGCUGCUAAGAUGCUUGAAAACAUUAUGGACUUGUUUAACCAGGCAGCUGGUGAUGCUAUUUCUGACAUGCUGGUGAUUGAGGCAAUCUUGGCUCUGAAGGGCUUGACUGUACAACAGUGGGAUGCUCUCUACACAGAUCUUCCAAACAGACAACUCAAAGUUAAGGUUGCAGACAGGAGAGUUAUUAGCACCACAGAUGCUGAAAGACAAGCAGUUACACCCCCAGGACUACAGGAGGCAAUCAAUGACCUGGUGAAGAAGUACAAGCUUUCCCGAGCUUUUGUCCGGCCCUCUGGUACUGAAGACGUUGUCCGAGUAUAUGCAGAAGCUGACUCUCAAGAAAGUGCAGAUAGCCUUGCACAUGAAGUAAGCUUGGCAGUAUUUCAGCUGGCUGGAGGAAUUGGAGAAAGACCCCAACCAUGUUUCUGAAGAUAAUUUUUAUAUUCCUGAGAAACUGGAUUGUUAAAAUUUUUUUAUAAAACUGUCAGUAAUUAUAGCAAUACUACGGUUAUAAUCAUGUUUACUAUGCAUCUUACUGGAUUGUUUCUAGAUCUGAUUGCUUUUCUUAAACACUACCAGAGUAAUUCUUUAGAAAUAUAUAAGUCUUAUUUGUUAAAGAAACUUACCUCUAAUUUCAGUCUCACUAAUGUAAAAUAUUAGGCUUAAGCAUAUGAUUCAAUCAUUAACUUUAUAGCUGUAUGCAGGGAACAAUUCAUGCAGGCUGCUGGAAAAUUAAAUCCUAUUACACCAACUCCUUGUUAUGUCUUUGCCAUCACUGUCACCUAAGCCAGAUGUUGUUUUGCAGCAUUCACCAUUGUUGAUACAAAUGGAGAGGGUGGAGAAGACAUUAUAUAACCAAUUUUUCCAUUGCAGAGUCUUCAGAAUGAUUAUUAAGUGCCUUACCUAUCCAGGUAGCACCAUCAAGGACUCAGAGGUGUGAAUAGGGACGUUGGCCAUCUCUCCUCCAUACUGAGGUGGAGGUGCUCAUGCUGUCCUUUAUGAGGAAGAUGGUCCAGGCUUCAGUUAAUCCUUGCUCCUCUUAGUGAAGGUACGUGGCAGGAAAACUAAUUGUAAUACAUUACCCAGCCUCUGACGGAGAAGUGACACCAUUCUGAUACCAGAACAUGGGUAAUAAGGAAAAAAAUCCCCAACCAAUCUAAAUUAAACCAAGCCUGAAACCAAUAGAAAAAAAUGUGCAGUGUGUAUUUUGCAGGUUUAAGACAACUCAGGACAAUAAAAACAAUGGACUAUAUAUGUAUAUAUAGCUCUCUCUUAGGCACCAUAAUCAAUAUGAGCCAACAAUAUUUAAACUUGAUUCAGGCCACAUUCAGACAUUUGCUCUUAUUUACAAAUACUUAAAUUAAAUACAACCUGAAGUGUGUUUUGUUACAUACAAAAAAAAAAAAAAGGAAACUAUACAACUCAGAGCAGUGUGUUUGUUUUAAAUAAUUACAUUUACAUUUAAGCUAAAUGGAACCACUGGUGGUGCUCAAGUUUUUAUCACUCCUUCCAGAAAAUCCUUUUCUACCAUCUCUUCUAUUUUUUGCCUGGCUUUGCUGGAAAAUGGUUUAUGGUUCUCCAGUUUCAUGUCCUUAUUAGGGAAGACGUUUGAGUAGAGUAUAGGGCUCCCUGAGUGUCCUCCACAUCUGCUUGUGACUUUGCUGUUGAAGACUUGGCUGAGGACGUUGAAGAAAGGCAGGAGCUGCUCCAUGUUGCGCACGGUGCAGACGGUGAGCAGCAAGUGCCCUGGCUCCCAACCCAACGUUCUCCCUGAGUUGUCGUCUUCUGGAUUUUUCUGCAAAACAAAAAGGGAAUUGUUAUUAACAGAUGAUGUAGUAUGUUAGAAAAAUAAGAUAUAAACAUGAGCAGUCAAGAAACGAAUACAAAUGAUGGCAUUAAGUCUCCAUUCCAGACUUGUUUAAACCCUUGUUUCUCAUGAAGACUUUUUAGUGCCAGUUAUUAAUUUUGUAUGGAGGGGUCUAACACUGUGGUAAUAAUUCUCAAGUAAAAUGCACAGAUAGGCUUAGCAAAAAUGGUUUUGAACAGGGAUAGGGAGAGUCAAUUAAAAGUUCAUGUUGUGCUUUGCAUAUACUUAAAAAGCUCCCAGAUUUCUGGAAUCUCACUAAUGUAACCAAGUAGUAUAUCACGAAAUGACUACAGAAGACAGGAAGGGACAAAGAGCUUUAUAUGUUUUUCCAUUAGUAAAUUAGUUAAUUCCCUUUUAGCCAAUGGCCUGAACUUGCCACAAGAUGGCAGCAGGUCCAAAGUGAAUAAUUAUUGCCAGUACUACAGCACGGAGAAAGGAUCCUUGAGAGACACUGCUAUCUCCCGCUGGGCUGUGCUAAAUGACACGGGGAGGAAAGCUGGAUCCAGAGUCCAAAGAACUGGGUUAGUGUAUUGGCUCUGCCAUUUAUUUAUUGUGUGCAUCCUUGGCAAGAUACUCUUAAGUGAGGGCAAAGGUUCCUCACUUAGAAAAUGGAAAAAUCUAAUCUCUAUAUUUCAGUAGAGAAGUCAAAAAAUGUGUGUGAUAAUGGUUAACCAAAUAUAAACACAAGAGGCUAGUUUAAGAAGCUAAGAAUUACAUAAACACAACUGCAGACGUCAUUCUGUCCAGAGAGAGAUGAGAGAACUACAGUUGAACUUGGGCAGAAUCAGAUAUAACACCACCCUAAAUAAAGAUAAUAAUGAACUGUAUAGGAAAAGGAAAAAAAUCAUUGAGACUUAGGAAACAAAAUUGCCACCUUUCAUAUUGAUUAACAAAUGGAGUUUGCCUUCUAAGAUCAAAUGUUGAGAAACUAGUUUAAUAUCCUAGUUUUCUAGUGGAUAAAGCAGAUAUAAAAUCUGGUGGCUAUUGUGUGUGCUCUCUAAGUUUAUUUGCUUAAAGUAAAAUUCUGAGAAAGGAAAACAGAUUCAAGUUAAAAUGGAAGACUCCAGGAACAAACAAGAUUACCUAGUUCUUUCUCUGGCCAAAACCAAAAAAAACACCUAACAGCUGUCACUUAAUUUACUUAGCAAUUGUUUAACCUCUAAUCUAGAUUAUAAGAUACACAAAACCAUCUUUUUUCUUAACUAUGACACUGGCUCUACUGAGAGUUCUGUGACUGACUUUCAUAUCACUACCAUUACUCAAGAACUGGUCGAUCACACCACCUCUGUAGUCCCUAAAUCAAACUGCAACUCAGUGACAAAAGAGUGUACAGAGAUGAAUUUAUCUUGAAGAAAAAUGAAAACUAUGCUUACCUCUAUAUAGCUCAUUUCUAAAUAUAAGAGAACUAUGAUGUAAUCUUUCAUUUAUAUUCCUGUCAGGAUGUGCCUUUAAGAGCGGGACUUAUACUAAGCCUUUGACCAAGAAGAAUACACUUGUUUCAGUGUUUCUGCUGUUCCUAAUCAGAACUAUACAUACGUCCUCAGUAUUAAAUACAAUAAAGCCAAACAUGUUUCCAAACAAA